UCGCAGCAGUCGCGUACCAACAAUCAUAGUAUCGACGUUCAUUGAAAAGGACAAUCAGCAAAUAUGAGGGAGUACAGGCUUCUCGCCAUACUGGCUAUCUUAGGUCUUGCUGUUAUACAACCAGGAAAUGGUUUAAAAUGUUACGUUUGCUAUGGAGAGGAUUGUAAAAAUCUGAACCAGGAUAUGGUAGCAGAUUGUCCUGCGCUCCCCAUUAUACCUACCGAAAAUCCAGAAGUUACAACUAGCGGAACAACGGCAGCACCUCCAGAAGUUACAACUAACGGAACAACGGGAACACCUCCAGUAGUUACAACUAACGGAACAACGUUAACACCUCCAGUAGUUACAACUAACGGAACAACGGUAACACCUCCAGUAGUUACAACUAACGGAACAACGGGAGCACCUCCAGAAGUUACAACUAACGGAACAACGGGAGCACCUCCAGAAGUUACAACUAACGGAACAACGGGAGCACCUCCAGAAGUUACAACUAACGGAACAACGGGAGCACCUCCAGAAGUUACAACUAACGGAACAACGGGAGCACCUCCAGAAGUUACAACUAACGGAACAACGGGAGCACCUCCAGAAGUUACAACUAACGGAACAACGGGAGCACCUCCAGAAGUUACAACUAACGGAACAACGGGAGCACCUCCAGAAGUUACAACUAACGGAACAACGGGAGCACCUCCAGAAGUUUCAACUAACGAAACAACGAAAGUGCCGCCAGAAACAUUGAACGUUGCUGUUAGAACUGAGAGAAAACGUAGAAGCGUAAUCGGUCGUUUUCCGUUAGUACAGCCGUUGGAUGAAAACCAAGCGAUAUGGCAAUGCUUCGUUAUAAAUCGGGGGGAAAACAACGAAGUCAGAGGGUGCGCUCACAAAAACUUCACAGUUUGCACUGACGACGUAAAAGGAUGUUCAGUUUGUGAUUCAGAUGAAUGCAAUUCGGCGACUUCGCAGGUUGCAUUUACGUUUAUGGUUCUAUCUUCGCUAGUAGCUUUAAUUCUAAUGAGAUAAGUUGAUCGAUUUUUUUAUUGUAAAAAAGUUUCAGUAUAAUAAGUUAAUAGAUAAUAUUUAGCUAAUUACUUCAAUCGACUACCCCAUUAGAUUUCGUUGAUUUUAAUCGUUAGAAAAAUGAUAUUUAAUAAUUAAGCACAUGUUAUUGUGAUCGAAAUUACCAACUGUCUAUAAAUUAUUGAGAAGAAAAAACUUA